UGGGAGUCUUUCACGGCAUGGCAAUUGGCAACACCAAUAACAAGGUGUUUUAAUUUGGUACUGACUUGGUCAAACCAAAGAUGCAAGCAUUUCUCUCUCGUCUUGAGGCCACCCAGGCCUCUCCCAUUUUGAGGCUCUCUUGAGAAAAUCACCACCACCACCACCACCACCACCAUCACCAUCACCAUCACCACCACCACCACCACCAACCAAAGCCAAAGCCAAAAACUGGCAAAAGACAGGUCUGGAAAAUUGCUGCGGCAGCUUCCAAACCAAGCCGUCAAGCUUCUGAGCUGAUUAAGUAAUGGCCAUUGCAGGAAUUCUCCCACCAUCCUUCCUCCUAUCCAUGUUCUUGCUCCUGUCUCCCUUGACCCAUGCUAUUCCCGAGUCCGAUGCAUUGCUUCAGUUGAAGAAAUCUUUUGCAAACACAACAGCUCUAGAUUCCUGGCAGCCUGGCUCCAGUCCUUGCGACGAAAAAGACCAAUGGGUAGGACUCGUGUGCUACAACAGCAUCAUCACAGGUCUCCGGCUUGUAGCAAUGGGUCUAUCAGGAAAAAUAGAUGUUUCAGCCCUGGUUGAGAUGCCGUGGCUGCGAACUCUUAGCUUCAUCAACAACUCUUUCUCAGGUUCAAUCCCGGAUUUCAAUCGCCUUGGUGCUUUAAAGGCAAUUUACCUCUCAGGUAAUCAGUUCUCAGGUGAAAUCCCCAGUGAUUUCUUCGUGAAAAUGACAUCUUUGAAGAAGGUUUGGCUUUCCAACAACAACUUCACUGGCGAGAUUCCAUCAUCAUUGUCACAACUGCCCCGUCUCAUUGAAUUACAUCUUGAAAACAACCAAUUUACUGGAAGCAUUCCACCUUUUGCACAACAAAAGUUGAAGUCGUUUGAUGUUUCAAACAAUAAAUUGGAAGGAGAAAUUCCAGCCGUUUUAUCAAUAUUCAAUGUGAGUUCCUUUGAGGAAAAUCCUGAUCUCUGCGGGGAAAAACUGGGUAAGGCGUGCAUUUCUGCAGAGCAGCAGCAGUCAAGUGCAUCACAGAUUUCAAAACAGGAGGAAUCUAACAAGAUUGCUGCCGCCAUGAUGACAGUUUCUGUGGUGAUUCUUACAAUCAUGGUGGUGGCAAUUUUCUUGUUGAAAAGGAAGGAAGAGAAAUUUGACGUGCUAGGAAAGAAAAAGGAAAUUAAGGGGCAUUUUGAAGACUCGGUUGAGGUUCACGUAUCAGGUUCGAGCAGGAAGGAAAUGGAUACCGCCCGAAAGGGCACAACAGGAUUGAACCAUAGGGUAUCCCACCAUGGCAAGGGAAAUGGUGAGGCCCUGGACCUAGUAAUGGUGAAUGAUGAAAAGGGUAUCUUCAGAUUGGCAGAUUUAAUGAAGGCAGCAGCAGAGGUCCUUGGGAAUGGGAACUUGGGGUCGUCUUACAAGGCUGUGAUGUCAAAUGGAGUGGCAGCGGUGGUGAAGAGGAUGAAGGAGAUGAACGAGCUGGGAACAGAUGGUUUUGAUGCAGAAAUGAGGCGACUUGGAAGACUCCGGCACUGGAAUAUUCUGACUCCAUUGGCUUACCUUUAUAAAAAAGAAGAGAAGCUUUUGAUCCAGGAGUACCUUCCCAAAGGCAGCUUACUUUACCUACUGCAUGGUGAUCGCGGACCUUCACAUACUGACCUUGAUUGGCCUGUGCGACUAAAAAUUCUCCAUGGAAUUGCCCGAGGAUUGGGCUAUCUUCAUACUGAACUAGCUUCACUGGACUUGCCCCAUGGAAAUCUCAAAUCAAGCAAUGUUCUACUCAGCUGUGACUAUGAGCCAUUGCUUGCAGAUUAUGGAUUUAGUCCACUGCUAAGCACAACCCAAGCUGCACAGGCACUAUUUGCCUACAAAUCCCCAGAAGCUCUGCAGUCUCAUCAAGUAUCUCCCAAAUGUGAUGUGUAUUGUCUGGGAAUCAUAAUUCUCGAGAUCCUUUCUGGGAAAUUUCCUUCUCAGUAUCUCAACCAUGGCAAGGGUGGGACUGAUAUAGUCCAAUGGGCGAGAUCGUCGAUUUCUGAGGGGAGAGAAGCAGAGCUGUUUGAUCCAGAGAUUGCAAGCUCAAGAAAUUCUCUGGGUGAGAUGGAGCGCCUUCUUCACAUAGGUGUGGCUUGCACUGAAAGCAACCCUGAGCUGCGCUUGGGAAUGAGAGAGGCCAUUGUAAGGAUAGAGGAGAUACAUAUAGAGGGAGGCCAAGAAGCUAGACGAUUUCAGUUACCAUCACUCCGAGAUGGAUGCGCUGAAGUAUCAGUAUCAUCCCAGUCCCGUGCAUCAAGCUUGCAAGAGCAGCAGAGUCAGCUUUCAGGAAGGAGAGCUGGAUUAAACAGCUUCGGAGACCAAUCAGGGCGCCGAAGUGAGGAUAGUUUUGCCUUUGCCAUUUCCUAACUAGUUCCAAGGAAAUGGUGCACCGCUUCCCAUAAAGAAACCUUCAUUCUUUUCUUGGAAUUUGAAUAUAGAAAGUAGACAGCCCGCUGGAUACAACCUCAAGGGAAAAGAAGUAAAGAACUGGCAAUGGCCCCUAGACAGAUUUCUGGUCCCUAUUGCACAAGUUUUUGUUCAGGAGGACAAAAGAGAAGGUGAAAAAUACCAUUCUCAUACUCUAAAAAAGCAACACUUAACAUCAAAUUCAUGUUUGACAUUUUUAACAAAGCUGAUAGCCUAUAAGGAAAGUUUUAAUAUUGACAAUAGAGCAUAAAGAAAAAAAAAGGUAGGGGGGGGGGGGUAGGGGUUAUUUUUAACACAAUUUGCAGACUUUUGUACUCCCAUGCAUGACAUUAAUCCUAAUUUGCAUGGGGAAUAAAGAAAAAAGGGAAUUUUAGCUAUGUUGCAGACCUUUGUACCACAUACACGAUCUUCACUCUAGUUUGUGCAGGGCAAUGCAAUGAAAAUGAUGUUAUGGUAGCUGACAUAAGCUAAUUUGAG